AUGCUGGAGGACCUAAAGAGGAAGGCAGCUGCAGAGUCAUCUUUGCAAAACAACUCUCCGCACUCUGCCAAAAGGCUACACCAGAUGGCUCCAGCACAGAGCGUGUUUGCUCAUGAUGGCUUAGGUCGACGUCUCUUUCACAACCCCAAAUACAGCGACUUGACGAUUGUCUGUCGUUCUGAGUCGUUUGCAGUCCAUCGGUGUAUUGUCUGUCCCCGGUCUGACUUCAUUGCUGCAGCGUGUGAUAGUCAGUUCCAGGAAGCAUCUUCAAGGAGAAUUGAGCUGAAUGAUGAGGACCCCCAAAUGGUAAAGCGGAUGCUCGAAUACCUCUACACACUCGAUUACGGAGUUGAGUCCAUCGAUGGGUGUCUUUCUCAGAUGUCAGCUGGAGGUGUGGGAGGCAAUGCCCCUGAGACCGGCCCCAACAGCAAUCCACUUCCACCAGCGGCGCCUCAGGACUCGCUCGUCUUUCACAUACACAUGUAUUUGCUCGCCGACCGGCUGCUCAUCGCGGGUCUGAAAUCACUUGCAGGAAAGAAGCUGAGUGAAAAAUUGCGGCAGCGUCUCGAUCAAGGAUCUUUUUGUCAAGCUGUGGCUGAAAUCUACAAGUUGGCCCCACAACACGAUCCCUAUCUCAGGAGCCUCGUUGUUCAGAUAACACUGGAUCGCCUGACGGAGUUGAGGAAGGGUAAUGGAGCUGGUUCGGCGAUUUUACCGAACAGUCUUCUCGUGGAAGUUCCAAAGUUCGCCUGCGAUCUCUCUGUCAACAUGAUGAACAAGUGUGUUUCUGAAUGGGAGAAGAACGAGCCGUGCUAUAAGAAUUGGACCAAAAAUGUUCCUGCGGCUGCAAAUACGAAUACCCCGAACAAGGGUGGUAACGCGGCCAGAAAAAGCAUGACGAACGCACCCACGCAGAGAGGACAAUUCGGAAGGCAGUGA